CCACCACCCCUCUCUCUCCUGCUCUGUGUCUCCGUCUCUCUCCCGCUGCCGAUCAGCGCCUGCUGCUGUCUCUUUAUGUUCCUGUUCUCAGUGAACGGUGAAACUCCACACAGAGUAGCCCGCAGCCUCCUCAGCCACGGAAACUCGGGUUGAUACCAACUUUUACCGCCAGUUGUGAGUGUGCCCGAGCGAAUACGCCUCGUAAGCACUCCAAAUUAGCCGACAGUGAGUCACUCACACGUUACAGCAGCGGUCGGAACUUGAAAUAUGACGAUACGCAAAAUGGGAGGAAAGUCGUUGCUAGCUUGCUGAAGUUGGAGGUUUCUCCUUGUGGAAGAGGAAGAGGUGGCGGCGGACACCACGAGUUCACUCUCACAAUAAAAGCACUGGUAUUUUUAGGUACCAUCAUCAGAAUCACAGAGAAAGUACAACUUACAAACGGGAGUGAGCCCAGCCUUCCAGCAUCCCUCUUCCCUUUCAUCGGGUUAAGAUGAGUAUAACCAGCGACGAAGUGAACUUCUUGGUCUACAGAUACCUCCAAGAAUCAGGUUUCUCUCACUCAGCAUUCACCUUUGGCAUCGAGAGCCACAUCAGCCAGAGUAACAUCAAUGGUACACUAGUGCCCCCUGCAGCCCUCAUCUCCAUCCUGCAGAAAGGGCUUCAGUAUGUGGAGGCAGAAAUCAGCAUCAAUGAGGAUGGUACAGUGUUUGACGGUCGGCCAAUAGAGUCACUGUCGCUCAUUGACGCAGUGAUGCCAGAUGUGGUGCAGACGCGGCAGCAGGCCUUCAGAGACAAGCUUGCCCAGCAGCAGGCAGCCUGUGCCAUGUCUGCUUCAACCUCUGGAAACCAGGCCAACACACCAAAGAACGGGGAAGCCACCGUCAACGGGGAGGAGAACGGCACCCAUAACAUGAAUAACCACAGUGAGCCGAUGGAGUUGGAUGGAGAUGUGGAGAUACCAGCGAGUAAAGCCACAGUCCUCCGCGGCCACGAGUCUGAAGUGUUUAUCUGUGCCUGGAACCCCGUCAGUGAUCUGCUGGCCUCAGGCUCGGGGGACUCAACAGCUCGAAUCUGGAACCUGAACGAGAAUAACAACUCCAGCUCCACCCAGCUGGUGCUGCGCCACUGUAUCCGAGAGGGUGGCCAGGACGUCCCCAGCAAUAAGGAUGUCACUUCACUAGACUGGAAUAGUGACGGCACUCUCCUGGCAACAGGCUCUUAUGAUGGAUUUGCCAGGAUAUGGACUAAAGACGGGAAUCUGGCGAGCACCUUGGGGCAGCACAAAGGGCCCAUAUUUGCACUCAAGUGGAACAAGAAGGGGAACUCUAUUCUCAGUGCUGGUGUAGAUAAGACGACAAUCAUUUGGGAUGCACACACAGGAGAGGCCAAGCAGCAGUUUCCUUUUCACUCAGCUCCAGCCCUGGAUGUGGACUGGCAGAACAACACCACCUUCGCCUCCUGCAGCACAGACAUGUGCAUCCACGUAUGUCGGCUUGGCAGCGACCGGCCUCUGAAGACCUUCCAGGGCCACACGAAUGAAGUAAAUGCCAUUAAGUGGGAUCCAUCGGGUAUGCUGCUGGCCUCCUGCUCAGAUGACAUGACCUUAAAGAUCUGGAGUAUGAAGCAGGAAUCCUGUGUCCAUGACCUCCAGGCUCAUAGUAAAGAAAUCUACACUAUCAAGUGGAGUCCCACAGGGCCCGGCACAGGCAACCCCAACUCCAACAUCAUGCUUGCCAGUGCCUCUUUCGACUCGACAGUCCGGCUUUGGGAUGUGGAGCGGGGCGUCUGCAUUCACACGCUGACGAAGCAUCAGGAACCCGUGUACAGUGUGGCCUUCAGCCCCGAUGGCAAACACCUGGCCAGUGGCUCCUUUGAUAAAUGUGUCCACAUCUGGAACACCACAACUGGAGCCUUGGUGCACAGCUACAGGGGCACUGGUGGUAUUUUUGAGGUUUGCUGGAACAGCACUGGAGACAAAGUUGGUGCCAGCGCGUCAGACGGCUCGGUGUGCGUUCUUGAUCUCCGAAAAUAGCUGCCUUGAGACUUUAAUGAUGAAUCCUGGAAUGUGCAGCAAAUUGCCUUCUUCUGCCAUCAGCAAACAAACUGUCACUGCUCAAGAAGAGCUGUAAGGUGGAGUGAAACAAAGCCGGACCCCACAGGAUUGAACCUGCAGCAGCUUCUGAGGAGCCACCUACAUCUGACUUCAGUGCACCUUACAGUUUGUUGAUGCGUGUUUUAUGAAACACCUUGAAGAGAUCCCUAAGACUGGACUGAAUCCCACUCCCUGGGUGCAUCCGUUUUAGAAGGCUCCUAAUGAGGAGGUGCUGUGAUCCCUCCGGGCUCCGGUCCAGCUGUUAUCGGGUUGUUAAGGUGGAAACACAAAGAUGAGUUUUAUAUAAAGAGAGAAGUGUUAAUGAGACACGUUCGGCUGGGAAAGGCAGGAAAAUCUUGAAGAGAGGCUGUGGUUUUAGAAUUCCUUGGAGUAAUUCUCACUUUGAGGACGUGAUGAGCAACAUCGAUACUAAAGCGCUCAAAUUGUCUGCUAACGGGGUGCUCGGCUUCUCCUCAGUGGAGAAUAGUUUAAUUUAAGAGUACUUGCUCUUUACUUUGGUCUAUUUUCCACAGGGGGACUUUUGAAAGUGAAAAUUGAAUGUGCCGCUGAAAGGUAGUUCUUAUCUCACAUUCAGCAUCAGAAAAGGUGCCAAGAAGAGUCCAAAUCUCCAAAAAGACCCACUUUGUCACCUGAGAGUUAAAAUCGUCACACAGGGUUAGAGAAGUGUGGUUUACAAGGAGAAUUUUCUCCCUUUUUUGGAUGUAAAUUUAAGAAUGUAAAGAUAUGUAAAUUAGAUUAAUACACAGACUUAUAUACUGUGUAUAUGUUUAUAUACAAUACACUUUAUCGCGAUCCUGUAGGGGCUGAUAACGGCUCGAGCUGUCACAUUUUUUGCUGAUAAUUUGGACAAGAACUUUUUAAACCAAGUGCAUGUCUCAUCUGCUUCUUUUAAUUCAAUCUUUUCAGCACGGCCAAUCACGCACACAUCGCUUUUUGUUGUUUUCUUUCACUAAUGAUGGAGAUCAGUUUUGGAUCCUGAAAAUCUGAAGAAAUGUACGCCUCGUUACCAGCAUUCAGGGAGUUCCCAGGUCAACAGCACAGGAGGCAGAAACCAACCACCAAAAUAGCGUGAGCUUUAUUAGCAUUAUCUGUGGAUUAUGGCACUUUCCUCUGAACAGUCUCAGAGCAAAGCGAAAGUCAGACACUUGAAAAAGAAAAAGAAAAGUGAGGAUUGGUCUUAAGCCAGGCCGUGUGCUGCCAGCUGAUCAGAUCUGGUCACAUUUUUAAAGCUUGCGUUGUGUUGUGGGCCGAGCUCCCUCUGCUUACUGGGAUCUCGUGUAGAAGAUUUCAAAAACUUCCCACCGCUCCGAUUUGCCUUUUUUUCUGAAAACCUUCCCUUUCAGUCAAAAUCUCAGCUUCAGCAAUUUGAAGUGCACUUUUUGAAAUUCAGUUAAUGUUCAGAUUGUGCUGAAAGCGAAGGGCCGAUGUUUUAUUUUUGUCUCUUUUCCCUUCUUUUUUAAUAUCACAUUUGGAUGUUAAUGGGUGAUUCAUUGUUUUCUGACUUUUUCCAUUCGAGAGCCAUUAUUGUCUGUGUCAGACUGAGAAUCGGGCUAUGGGGUUUGGUGGCCGUUGUUGGCAUGCUGAGGAGCCCAGUGUGGAAUAAACGCUGUGACAGCUAUCUCUUUAUCUCUCUCUCUCGCCCUGAUCCAGGGUUUGCUCACCUGUUUCCAAGACAAACGUCAAAGUCAUUCAGUGUCUCAAAUAAAUCACUCUAUUUUGAUAUCAGAAAACAGGACUCCGUCUUCUAUUGAGUUUUCUUUGCUCUUGAGUUAUUCUGUGUGAAACUGAGGGGAAAAAGGUCUGACUCAGAAAGCAAUAAGAAAGUGUCACCAACAAAACUUUAAGAAAUAUUUUUGAUAUUUAAUAUAGUAUAAAAUAAAUGUGCAAAAUACAAGAAGGACAGUUGGAGAUACAGGAACUUAAAAAAGACACUAAUGAGGGGUUUAGGUCAGUGUAUUUUAUGGCAGACGGAUUUUGGAAUUGAAACCAGAAGUCCAAAAUCAAGAAACAAACUUUAAAAUUACUGUUUAAAAAUAGGAAAACACAUGGAAAUAACUUGUUCUUGGGCAUUUAAGGUAGUUCAUAUUUAAUUAAAGGAAAAUUAAAAAACAAACAUUUUCUGUUUCUCUUUUUCAUUUUGCAAAAAGGAUCUUGAAAAGAGUAACAGUUCAUUUUUCAUUUUAUUGUUUUUUAUGUUCUGAUCAAAAAAGGAAGAUCAGACAACAGAAUACUCGUUAUGUAACUUUUUUUCCAGAAUACCUGCAGCAGGUCACAACUUCCAGGAAAGAAAAGAAUGUUACAUCACCAGUGUUGUGUUCUUUGAUCAAAAAUCAACAAAAUGAUAAAUGAACUGAUUUUUUUCCCAAUUCUUUUUGGAAAGCAAAAGAAAACAAAAACAGGUAACAGAAAAUGAAAAAAAAAAGUUUGGUUUGGUUUUGAUUCCCAUUUUAACAUUAAUUUCCUUAAAGAGUCGAGGCUCCGUUAAUUUUAAGGCCCCUAAAAUCAGCAGAACUCUUGUCAUUCUUUUUUUUGUUUUUGAAAAAAAAAAAACAAAAAGUAAAAUUAGCGGUUUUCCAGAUUUUUUUUUUGAUUCAAUCACAGUUAAGAAAACCAAAAUUUAAAAAAUGUGUACAACUUUUAAUUUGACCAUUUUCCUUUUUAUAGUUUUCUUGUUUUAAAGACAGACCUGAAGAACAGGAAAUCAUGACCAAAGGGAAAGGUCAACUUUUCAAAAUCAAAGCCCUCAUGUCAAAAUAAAAGCCUUCAAAAUCAUCCACUGUGUUUUACAGUAUAAUAACAGACCUAUUUGACUUAUACAAUGUAUUACAAAUAAUCUUGGUGGCAAAUGUCCUGGUUAAAUAAUGGACGAUGUUAUUAUUAGAGGAAAAAUAAAUAUGAAUAAUUAGCCUUGGCUGCUUGAGGUAUUUAUUCAUGUUUAUUGCAUGUGUAACAUUUUUUUAUUAUUAUUCAAUCAUUUUGACAUGGAGGCUUUAAUUUCGAAAUGUUCAGCUUUCCCAACAGUUCAGAUAAUGUCCUUUGACUUUGUCUUUUAUUAACACAAGAUAAAAACA